AAUAGCAUUUAUGAUUGGGUAAAAGAUCACCGGGUCCAUCACAAGUUCACUGAUACGGAUGCCGAUCCUCAUAACGCGAAAAGAGGAUUUUUCUUCUCUCAUAUUGGUUGGCUUAUGCUAGAAAAUCAUCCCGAUGUUAAAAUAAAAGGUGCUACUAUAGAUAUGAGCGAUCUCAAGAAAGAUUUAUUGGUCGUAUGGCAACACAGACAUUAUAGAAUUCUUAUGCCACUGAUGUGUUUCAUCAUUCCUACGUUGAUACCUAUAUAUUUUUGGGGAGAGGGUUUGAGGAACGCUUGGUAUGCUACUGUUACCAGAUACGUCCUAUCCUUAAACUUUACCGGGCUAGUAAAUUCUGCUGCACAUGUUUGGGGCGUAAAACCAUAUGAUAGUGUUAUUUCUCCGACAGAAACCCCUGUUGUUUCAUUUCUUGCUGUCGGUGAAGGUUGGCAUAAUUAUCAUCACGUUUUUCCUUGGGAUUACAAAACUGCUGAGUUGGGAAACUACAAAUUAAAUUUAACAACGGCAAUUAUCGAUGGUUUUGCUAAAAUCGGUUGGGCUUACGAUCUCAAGACUGUCUCACAAGAAAUGAUUGAAAAGCGUGCACGUAGAACGGGAGAUGGUACAAAGUAUCAAAAUAUCAGAGAUCAACACGAGCACAAUCAUAAAAAUUCCAUUUGGGGAUGGGAUGAUCCUGAUAUUAAUACUGAAGAUGUUCAAGACGCAAGAAUAAUAAAUAAUGUCGAAUAUAACGUAUAUAAUAAUAAAUAAUAAUAAUUUAUCUAAUUUAACAUUCAUUUCUUAAACUGAGAAUUUUUAUUUCCUUUGA